UCGCGUCGGAAGGCAAUGACAGCCAAUGAAGAAGCCGAGUAUUACGUCACUGACCUUUGCCCUGCCGCCGCGAGGGCGCGCGGGAAAUCCUCGUGUCCCAGGACGGCUCCAGGGCGUAAGGACCAUGGCUACCUCCUCGGUGUCCAAGAGGACUAUUUUAGCAAAGGGAAAAAUGAGUCUGGAGAUAGUAAGCUUCGAUUCGAAACUUACCAUCUGCUGUGGCAGGAGAUGAAAUCUGAAACUGAACGACUACAGGAAGAAUUAAAUAAAAACCUGUUUGACAGUCUAAUUGAAUUUCUUCGCAAGUGUCAUUCUGGAUUCCACAAUUCAAGUCACUGGGGCUACCAAAUAAAACUCAGAGAAAUUCCAACUGCUGCCCUCAUUCUUGGUGUGAAUGUCACAGAUCAUGAUUUAAUAUUCAGAAGUCUAACAGAAGCCAUUCAGAAUAAUGUUACACCAUAUGUAGUCCCAUUGAAAGCUAAAGAUUGUCCAGAUAUAAAACAUCUUUUGCAAAAGUUUGUCACACAGUUGACAAACUGCUGUGGAGAUGUAAAAUCCAAAGACAGUGUUCAGGUCACACAGAAGACAUCUUGUUCCAUGGACUCACUUACCACUUGGUAUAAGACUGUCACAAAGAAGACAGGUCCAAAAAUGCCAAGCAAAAAGAGGAUUACUUCUAGCCAAUGGCAGCCUCCUCCUGUUGUACUUAUCUUAAAGGAUAUGGAAAGCUUCUCCACAAAAGUACUCCAAGACUUCAUAAUUAUCAGCAGUCAACAUCUUCAUGAAUUUCCCCUAAUACUUAUUUUUGGAAUUGCCACAUCUCCUAUUAUCAUCCACCGAUUGCUUCCUCAUGCAGUGUCAUCUUUAUUGUGUAUAGAGCUGUUCCAGUCUUUGUCUUGCAAGGAGCACCUGACUACCAUACUUGAUAAGCUACUGCUUACAACUCAGUUUCCCUUUAAAAUAAGUGAAAAAGUUUUACAGGUUCUGACCAACAUCUUUUUGUAUCAUGAUUUCUCAAUUCAAAAUUUUAUAAAAGGACUUCAGCUUUCUCUAUUAGAGCAUUUUUAUUCUCAGCCCCUAAGUGUUCUGUGUUGCAAUCUCCCUGAAGCCAAGAGAAGAAUAAAUUUUUUAUCAAUUAGUCAAUGUGAAGACAUUCGACGCCUUCCAUCAUUUAGGAGGUACGUGGAAAAGCAAGCUUCAGAAAAGCAAGUUGCACUUUUGACCAAUGAGAGAUUUUUGAAGGUGGAAACUCAAUCAUUACUAGAAAAUUUGCAUGUUUACCAUUUGAAUUACUUUCUGGUUCUGAGAUGUCUUCAUAAUUUUACCUCUUCUCUUCCCAAGUAUCCACUGGGUCGACAGAUCAGAGAGUUGUACUGUGCAUGUUUAGAAAAGAACAUAUGGGAUUCAGAAGACUAUGGAUCGGCCUUGCAGUUGCUGAGAAUGUUGGCAAAGGAUGAACUGAUGACCAUACUAAAGAAAUGUUUCAAGGUUUUUAAUUCCUCUUCUGAAACACAGCUUGGCAGUACAGCAAAGAAAAUAGAAGAGUUCCUGGCUGAGUUUCAGAACCUUGAUGAAGCCAAAGAGGAAGAAGACGCUUCUGGGUCACAGUCAAAGGGGCUUCAGAAGACAGACCUCUAUCAUCUUCAGAAGUCCUUACUGGAAAUGAGAGAGUUGAGAAGAACAAGUAAGAAGCAAAGCAAGUUUGAAAUACUCAGAGAAAAAGUUGUGAACUUCAUUGACUGUCUGGUGAGGGAAUAUCUUCUGCCUCCUGAGACCCAGCCUCUCCAUGAGGUGCUGUACUUCAGCGCAGCCCACACCCUUAGGGAGCACCUGAAUGCCGCUCCCAGAAUCGCCCUCCACACAGCACUCAACAACCCCUACUACUAUCUAAAGAAUGAAGCCCUGAAGAGUGAAGAAGGCUGCAUUCCAAAUAUCGCCCCUGAUAUCUGCAUAGCAUACAAACUGCACCUGGAGUGUAGCAGGCUAAUCAACCUCGUGGACUGGUCAGAGGCUUUUGCAACAGUCGUGACAGCUGCUGACCAAAUGGAUGGGAAUGCUACCACCUCAGAAGAAAAGAAUGAAAUUAUCCAUGCUAGGUUUAUUAGAGCUGUUUCUGAACUAGAACAUUUAGGCUUCAUUAGACCUACAAAACAGAAGACUGACCAUGUGGCAAGGCUAACGUGGGGCGGCUGCUAAGGAAUGGUGAUCCAAGUAUCACAUUUGACUCAAGAGCAAAAGGAGACCAUUCAUGCAAUCCACCAAAGGACUCCUGGUGAGGUGAGACGUGUGAUCACCAGAAAGUACACUGCUAACCCCAAACAGGUGGAUAUUACAACAUCUAUGGUAUACUUUAGAAUACAGGAAAUAAAAUAGCAAACUUAUAGUAUGACUAAAAC